UGCGCGCAGCACCACCAAACCCGCCCAUUGGCCCCUCUCCACUCCUCGAAGCUGCGAUCGAUACCCGGCCGCUCACAAUGGCAUCCAAGAAGGUCACCACCGCGUUCUCGAAGUACACAGUUCAGCCCACCGGUAUUUAUGCGGCGAUCAACAGGCUAUUUGCGCUCGACCCCAAGCGCUCGACCGGUAUCCCCAUGAACCCGCAAUUCCGCAACCCUCCCCCCGGUGGUCUCGACCCUACCAGCUACGACGACCCCGUCACCAUCCCCGCCGCCGACAUCGCCGAGAACCCAUACUGGAAGCGCGACAUGCGACGACGGUACCCCAAGCUGUCGACCGUCACUCAGGCUGAUGCUGUUGCGCUGCUCGAGGUUGGCAGCGCGGCGGCGCCUAAGCAGGAGUUGAUCGGCGAAGCUGGCUCUAAGCAGCUCGUUGCUGCGCAGGAGGAGGGUGCCAAGGGUUUGGCUGUUGCGUUCGAGAAGAACACCGGGCUGGCAAAGGACGUGCUCGGCCCUGGUGGCUUGCCACCUCUGCCCAGCGGUCUGCACGUCAGCGAUGUUGGUGUCAAGAGAUACGAUUUGGAGAAGGAGCAGUCGUACGGAUCUGACUACCCUUGCAGGACGUUUGCAUAAGCCCUUGACUGAAGACUUAUUGGAGUGCGUGGAGGACGAUAGAAGUACUGUAAAUACCACCACAGCUUUUUCUUUGUGUGAUGACAUGUCAAAAACAUUUUCUAUAUGCGUUGCCUUCUCCUAGGAUCCUCUCAUUCUUAC